CCUCAAUCACCUCACAUCAUGCGCCAUCCGCGACACCAUCUACAUCACCCUUCCUCCCGCCCAUCCGACGACGCUCCAGAUUAGAACGAUAAUCUAGGAGAUUUCAGCUCGUAUACCAGCCCGCAUAACGGACUACUUCCCAUCAACAUCCGUUAACGUAAACCCCACCGACCCCACCGUUCACACAUACCCAGGCCGUCAGAGCCUCCGUGUUCGCGAUGCCUCUCGAAAACAUCCGCAAUAUCGUCCUCGUCCUUUCCGGCAAAGGCGGAGUCGGGAAAUCGAGCGUGACUACGCAACUCGCCCUCACACUAUCGCUACAAGGACAUUCGGUCGGUGUUUUGGAUAUAGACUUGACGGGCCCGAGUAUACCGCGCUUCUUCGGUAUUGAAGAUGCAAAAGUAAGGCAGGCACCUGGUGGGUGGAUACCGGUUGAUGUGCAUGGUGAGCAAACGUUGGCUGCACACCAGAAAGACGGAGGAGAGGAUGCGAGUACAACAGAUCAGAAAGAGGCAGGGGCGGCGGCUGCAGAUGGCCAAAAGAUUGGAUCGUUAUCAUGCAUGUCUCUGGGCUUCAUUCUGGCAUCGCGCUCCGACGCUGUAAUCUGGCGUGGUCCGAAGAAGACCGCCAUGGUGCGCCAAUUUCUGACCGACGUCCUCUGGCCACCACUCGAUUACCUGCUCAUCGAUACACCACCUGGUACCUCCGACGAACAUAUUUCACUACUCGAAACCCUCUUGAAGAACACCACGCCAUCUCCUGCCCUCAAUCCACAUGUCCCGUUCUUGGCCGGCGCUGUAGUAGUCACAACCCCACAAGCUAUCAGCGUUAGCGACGUGAAGAAAGAGCUGAAUUUCUGCAAGAAGACUGGAAUUAGGGUACUAGGUGUGGUCGAGAACAUGGCAGGAUUCGUAUGCCCCAACUGUUCGGAAUGUACAAAUGUGUUCAGCAAGGGUGGUGGAGCAGUCAUGGCGACUGAGUUCGAAGUACCAUUCCUUGGUUCUGUACCCAUCGAUCCAGCGUUCGUAGAAUUGGUCGAGAGUGGGACGAGGCCCGUCUAUCCUAAGGGUACUGUCAUACAGGGCAAAGAGCUGGAUACUGAAGAGGUCGCAGCGCUGAAAGACAAGGGAGGGCUUUUUGUGGAUAAGUACCGGGACUGUUCGUUGGCGCCGCUAUUCGACGAGUUUGUGACGAGGUUGAAGGGGGAUAUUGGAAGGAUCGUAUAGGUAUGCGGAAGUGGUCGAACUUCAAUGGCAGGCAUGGCGGAGCGACGAAAGAGAUAUGAUCGAAGAUAUAGAGAAGAAUAGAUACCCCUCCAUAUCUCUAUGAUCAUGCCGUGCUGUCCUCAACAUCCACUUUCCGUAUUUCGCCAUCAUUGGAUUUUCUUCACUCUUACACAUCGUUAUGAUAGUGCGCUGCUAUGUCGUCAUCCCAGCUCAGGUGACUCAAGUACUCCCGCUCGGAUACCCGUGAAUACGUCCCAUUACAGCGAAUCAGGCGCAUAGUAUCUUGCAGACAAAGGAAUUAUUGCUCAUUGA